GAACUCAUUCCACACCCAGCAUUUACAUGGAGCCCCCCAUAAUGUAUCAAUUCACCUUGCUUUUCAGUUGAGGUCCAGUGGUCUCGACGCGGGGCGGAGCACGUGACCCACCAAUGAAGUGAAUCACAUCCCUGCAAGUUUCGCAACCGGCAAACCUCAGCCUCGAAGUGGAUUGCCAUAUUUUGUACCUCGACCUUGCUCAGCCCUCAGCAGUCAACAAAAGGCGAGUCAACACCUCGGACACGUCAGCCUUGCAGACUGCCCGCUGAAGCUGAAGGGAGCGAGAUUAUCAUACCAGCGCCUUCCCGUCCGACACGCGUUCUGUUCACCUCGCCUUCAAGAUGGAUUUCGACCCCAUGGUGAUGGACGCGGAGUCCCUGGGACCGUCCGUGAAGAUUACUGACGCUACUGCGCAUUCUGUCGAUUUCGAAUUGCAAAGCGUUGACCUCUCCUUUGCGAAUUCCCUACGCCGAACUAUCCUCGCGGAGGUCCCAACGAUGGCAAUAGACUUGGUAGAGAUAGAGGCGAACACAUCUGUGCUGGCGGACGAGUUCAUAACCCACCGUCUUGGUCUCAUCCCUCUGAACUCGAAGAAUGUGGACGAUGUCAUCUAUUCCCGCGACUGCGACUGCGAACAGUACUGCGAGCUCUGCAGCGUCACCCUCACCCUUCAUGCUAGAUGCACGGGCGAUGAGAUAAUGAGAGUCUAUGCUCGCGAUCUUGUUGUCGACCCUUUGCGAGCGAACCAAUGGGUGGGAAACCCAGUCAUCACGGAUCCGGAAGGAUUGGGGACUGUUAUUUGCAAGUUACGCAAGGGCCAAGAGCUGAGGAUGAAGUGCAUUGCAAAGAAAGGCAUUGCGAAGGAGCAUGCGAAGUGGGCACCAACAUCUGCAGUGGGAUUCGAGUAUGACCCUCAGAAUAAGUUGCGACAUACAGAUCUGUGGUACGAAGAGGAUGCUGAAAAAGAAUGGCCAAAAAGCAAAUAUGCUGGGUGGGAGGAGCCUCCUCAAGAGGGCGAACCAUUUGAUUACGAUGCCGUCCCUGAGAGAUUCUACUUCGAGGUUGAGAGCGUAGGCAAUCUAGAACCUGAUGCGAUCAUUCAGCAAGGAAUCAAAGUACUCCAGCAGAAGUUGGCGGCCGUCAUUCAGGAUCUGACCGAAGGCGAUACCCAGACAAAUGGUGUCAAUGGCCAUGGCUACGACGCACCCAGAAGUCCGGAAGAUGUUGGUAUGAACGGGGCAUGGGGGCAAGAUCAAGGUUACGCUACACCAUUUGGUAAUGGGAGUGGCGCUCAAGACCCGCCGCAGCCAUGGGGUGGAUCAGCUACACCUUACGGAGCCACUCCAUACGGACAACAAAAUGGUUGGGCAAAUGGUAGGUAGAGGAUAACCUGAAGCCGAAACUUGGCAGUCUGUAAUACCACUUGCAUAUCGGGGCCAGGCGUUGGACGGAAAAGCUUUCCGGCAUCUGGAAAACGACCAGACUAGAACAGGAAUGAUAUCUAUGAUACCCUAUUAUACAGAAACUCCAGAGUAUGCUUCUAAGUCUAUGUCUCCGAACACCAACCCAUAUCAUAUGUCCACAAACAUAUCAUUUAUACGCCGGACCC